GGUAGGGACGCUGCCCGAUGGCCGGGGACGCCAUGGUCAUGCCGGCCGAGCGCGGCGGCUCGCAGCAGUGGCGCGGCUCCCGAGUCAGCCUCGAGAGAAGGGCGGCCCCGCACGAGCGCGCCUUUAAAGGGACCGCAGCUGCAGGGCGGGGCGAGGCGGGCGGGGGCGGGGAGACCGGCGCGCUGCAGGAAGGCGCCGGGGGAACUACCGAUCCGCCGAGCGGCGGGGAGCCCGGGCGAGCGCGGGUUUCGGGGUGUCUGCGGGAAGCAGACCCGACGACUGGGGCAGCUCAAGAGGAGUUGCUGUCGGGACCGUCAGCCUUCAGCCCUUCCUCCUUCGCUCUCCCACCACCUCCAUCACUAGGUCCCCGCCUCCACCGCACCCCCGCACCCCAACACGCCCAGGUGAGGGAGCGGGCGGCAGGGAAGGGCUUGGGAACUAGCUGGGGAUGGGUCUAUGGAGAGGUCCCCGGGCCAGGUGUCCGCGCGCCCCCCUCCCGCUUCUCCUGCCCACAGGAGGGUGUGCGCCCUGGCGCCCCUUCGCCGCCGCCUCCAGGCCAGCCGGCCGCGCGUGGGUCGGGCAGGCCUGGCCGGCGCUCCGGCUCCCGCAGCAGCGCCGAGUCGCGUGACUCCUAGGGACGCGCGACCGGGGACGCUUCCGAGGCUGACCGCGGGAAGCCGCCUCCGCGGCCGGCUAGGCUGUCAGCCUGCGACUUUCACUCUUGCUGGAUUUCCCCUCCCUGGGCGGCCCUGCCUGGAACCACUGUGGAAACGCCAGCCCCGAAAGCCCCACGCUGCCUUAGGGACGGACAGCUCAGUUGUGACGGACUCCUUCUGCUAGAGCCAGAGCCGGCUUCAUAGCUUCCAUUUGAAUGCUCUGAUUUCACCAUCUUGAAAGUCUUAAUAAUUUUUGAAUUAUUAUUCAAAAAUUAAUAACAUUUCAAUAAUUUCCAGCAUUUUUUCUUUACACUGGGUCCCACAAAUUACGCAGCAGGUCCUGAUCGUCUCACGUGGGCGGAGAACAGGACUGCUGGGUCUUUAAACAGGCCAGGUGCUUGAUCCGGGGCCCUCUCCGGCCUCUACAGUUGUUUGUUUGUUUGUUUUUGUUUGGUUUUUGUUGUUGUUGUUUUUUGGGGUUUUGUGGGGGGUUUUUUGCCUGUAAAUUAGUUUGGGGCUGGGAAGACAAGCCCCAAAUGAUCACGGGUGAUCACGGACUAUCCUUUUACAACUUGGGGUUCAGUUUGGUUGAUUUAACAGAGGUCGCCAGCCACCAACUUUGGAAAUAAGCUAAAUUCCUCUCGACCUGAGACGCAUCCUCUUCUUCCCAGGCCAGGGAUGGGACUCCCCCUAGUGUCUGGCAGGGGAAUCUCCACUUUUGCUUUUUCUUUCACCUUGGAGAUAAUUUUUAGGUAAUUCCUGAAAUUUCAAGAAUCAAGUGGUCAGGGAAUUCCCAGACCGCUUCGGUCCAUGGCUUUUCCUCCGUGGUGGCGGCAGUCAGAGAGUGGUCCUCAUUUGUAGUGGAGGACAUGUGCUGGGUCCCCAGGUCUCACCAGAGGCUGGUGCUUCUCACCUGAGGAGGUGAUUUCCGGGCACAAGGGAAAAGAGCCAACCUCACAGUGCUCCAGAGCAGAAGGAACUGAGAUGAGGGAGGGUGCACGAUGAACCACCCCUUUUACUCCCCUCCCCCACCUUUCUGCUUCUCCCUCUGAACCUUGCUUUCCCUCUCAUCAGUGGUUUCCAACUUUGGCGGGCAAUCCGCUGGAGGGCUUGUUAAAUCCCAAAUUACUGGCUCCACGGCCGGAGUUUCUGAGUCAGUAGGAGUUUAGGGCUGAGGUUUGAGAUGUUGC